AUGUCUUACGAUAACAAUCACAACUACUACGACCCGACUCAGGAUCAAGGUGGUCAGCAGGGUGGUGAAUACUACCAGCAGGCCGCCUAUGAUGAGAUGGGUCAGCCUGUCCACUACGAACAGGGUGGUGAGUACUACGACCCCAACCAGCAGUACCAGCAGCAGCCCUACGACAUGGACGGUUACCAGAACUACGGUCAACAGGGUGCUGCCGGCUACAGCGCUGAUCCAGAGGCCUUCUCUGAUUUCAGCUACGGCGGCGGCCAGGCUCCUGGUACCCCCGGCUACGACCAGUACGGUGCUCAGUACACCCCAUCUCAGAUGAGUUAUGCUGGUGGUAGAUCUUCUGGUGCCUCUACUCCAAUCUACGGUGCCAACCCCAACUACGAUCCUUCGCAGUUCCAGUUGUCCUCGAACUUGCCUUACCCUGCUUGGUCUGCUGACCCUCAGGCUCCUAUCAAGAUCGAGCACAUCGAGGACAUUUUCAUCGACUUGGCUAACAAGUUUGGUUUCCAGAGAGACUCCAUGAGAAACAUGUUUGACUACUUCAUGACCUUGUUGGACUCCAGAUCUUCCCGUAUGUCUCCAGCCCAGGCUUUGUUGUCCUUGCACGCUGACUACAUUGGUGGUGACAACGCUAACUACAAAAAGUGGUACUUCGCCUCUCAGCAAGAUUUGGACGAGUCUAUUGGUUUCUCCAACAUGAACCUUGGAAAGAUCGGUAGAAAGGCCAGAAAGGCUCGCAAGAAGUCCAAGAAGGCCAGAAAGGCCGCCGAGGAGCACGGUCAGGACAUUGACGCAUUGAACAAUGAGUUAGAGGGUGACUACUCCAUGGAAGCCGCCAACAUCAGAUGGAAGGCCAAGAUGAAUGUCCUCAGCCCCGAGGAGAGAGUCAGAGACAUCGCUCUUUACUUGUUGUUGUGGGGUGAGGCUAACCAGGCCCGUUUCACUCCCGAGCUCAUCUGUUUCCUUUUCAAGACCGCCCUGGAUUACUUGGUCUCUCCUCAGUGUCAGCAGAGACAAGAGCCAAUUCCAGAGGGUGACUACUUGAACAGAAUCAUCACCCCCAUCUACAGAUUUAUCAGAUCUCAAGUGUAUGAAAUCUACGAGGGUAGAUUCGUCAAGCGUGAGAAGGACCACAACAAGGUUAUCGGUUACGAUGAUGUCAACCAGUUGUUCUGGUACCCAGAGGGUAUCUCCAGAAUUAUCUUCAACGACGGUACCCGUUUGGUCGAUAUCCCAGCGGAAGAGAGAUUCACGAGAUUGGGUGAGGUGGAAUGGCAAAACGUCUUCUUCAAGACCUACAAGGAAGUUAGAACCUGGUUGCAUCUCGUCACCAACUUCAACAGAAUCUGGAUUAUUCACGUCACCAUCUACUGGAUGUACACUGCCUACAACGCUCCUACAUUAUACACUCAGCAUUACGUUCAGACUAUUAACAACAAGCCAACUGCAUCUUCUCAAUGGGCUGCCCCUGCCAUGGGUGGUAUGAUUGCUUCUUUCAUUGAGGUUAUGGCUACUGUUUUUGAAUGGAUGUUCGUUCCUAGAGAAUGGGCCGGUGCUCAGCACUUGACUCGUCGUUUAAUGUUUUUGAUUAUCAUCUUGAUCGUCAACAUCGUUCCUUUCGCUUACUCAUUCUACUGGGCUGGUUUGUCUGCUAUCUCCAAGUCAGCUCAUGCUGUUUCUAUCGUUGGUUUCUUCAUUGCUAUUGCUACCUUGGUGUUCUUCGCUGUCAUGCCUUUGGGUGGUUUGUUCACCUCCUACAUGAACAGAAGAUCCAGAAAGUACGUCGCAUCUCAGAUCUUCACUGCAAACUUUCACUCCUUGAGAGGCUUGGACAUGUGGAUGUCCUACCUCCUUUGGGUUACCGUCUUCGCUGCUAAGUUGGCCGAAUCUUAUUUCUUCUUGACCUUGUCUUUGAGAGACCCAAUUAGAAAUUUGUCGACUAUGGACAUGAGAUGUAACGGUGAAGUUUGGUUCGGUGACACCUUGUGUAAACAGCAGGGUAAGAUUGUCUUGGGUUUGAUGCUUCUUGUCGACUUGUUCUUGUUCUUCUUGGAUACCUACAUGUGGUACAUUAUCUGUAACUGUGUGUUUUCCAUUGGUCGUUCGUUCUACUUGGGUAUCUCUAUCUUGACCCCAUGGAGAAACAUUUUCACCAGAUUGCCAAAGAGAAUCUACUCCAAGAUUUUGGCCACCACCGAGAUGGAGAUCAAGUACAAGCCAAAGGUGUUGAUCUCCCAGGUUUGGAACGCUAUUGUGAUUUCCAUGUACAGAGAGCACUUGUUGGCUAUUGACCACGUCCAGAAGUUGUUGUACCACCAGGUUCCAUCUGAGAUUGAGGGUAAGAGAACCUUGAGAGCCCCAACUUUCUUUGUGUCUCAGGAUGACAACAACUUUGAGACGGAGUUCUUCCCAAGAAACUCCGAGGCCGAAAGACGUAUCAGUUUCUUCGCUCAGUCUUUGGCUACCCCAAUUUUGGAGCCUUUGCCAGUUGACAACAUGCCUACCUUCACCGUCUUCACUCCUCACUACUCUGAAAAGAUCUUGUUGUCUUUGAGAGAGAUUAUCAGAGAGGAUGACCAGUUCUCUAGAGUUACUUUGUUGGAAUACUUGAAGCAAUUGCACCCAGUUGAGUGGGACUGUUUCGUGAAGGACACCAAGAUUUUGGCUGAGGAAACCGCUGCUUUCGAGAAUGCUGAGGACGAAGAGAGACUGAACGAGGAUGGCUUGAAGGCUAAGAUUGACGACUUGCCAUUCUACUGUAUUGGUUUCAAGUCUGCUGCUCCUGAGUACACUUUGAGAACAAGAAUCUGGGCUUCUUUGAGGUCUCAGACCUUGUACCGUACUGUCUCUGGUUUCAUGAACUACGCCAGAGCUAUCAAGUUGUUGUACCGUGUCGAGAACCCUGAAUUGGUCCAAUACUUCGGUGGCGACCCCGAGGGAUUGGAGUUGGCUUUGGAGAAGAUGGCUAGAAGAAAGUUCAAGUUCGUCGUUUCCAUGCAGAGAUUGGCCAAGUUCAAGGAGGAUGAAAUGGAAAAUGCUGAGUUCUUGUUGAGAGCCUACCCUGAUUUGCAGAUUGCUUACUUGGACGAAGAACCACCUUUGAACGAAGAUGAGGAACCCCGUGUCUACUCCGCUUUGAUUGAUGGUCAUUGUGAGGUGUUGGAGAACGGCAGACGUCGUCCUAAGUUCAGAAUCCAAUUGUCCGGUAACCCAAUUUUGGGUGAUGGUAAGUCUGAUAACCAGAACCACGCUAUCAUUUUCCACAGAGGUGAAUACAUCCAGUUGAUUGAUGCUAACCAGGACAACUACCUUGAAGAAUGUUUGAAGAUUAGAUCUGUUUUGGCUGAGUUCGAAGAAUUGAACGUCGAGCACGUGAACCCUUACGCCCCUAACUUGAAGAGCACUAACGAUGAGAAGCCUGCUCCUGUCGCCAUCUUGGGUGCCAGAGAGUACAUUUUCUCCGAGAACUCCGGUGUUUUGGGUGAUGUUGCUGCUGGUAAGGAACAAACUUUCGGUACCUUGUUUGCGAGAACUUUGGCUCAGAUUGGCGGUAAAUUGCAUUAUGGUCACCCUGAUUUCUUGAACGCUACUUUCAUGUUGACAAGAGGUGGUGUUUCUAAGGCUCAGAAGGGUUUGCACUUGAACGAGGAUAUCUACGCUGGUAUGACUGCUAUGUUGAGAGGUGGUAGAAUCAAGCACUGUGAAUACUACCAGUGUGGUAAGGGUAGAGAUAUGGGUUUCGGUUCUAUCUGUAACUUUACCACCAAGAUUGGUGCUGGUAUGGGUGAGCAGAUGUUGUCGAGAGAAUACUACUACUUGUCUACUCAAUUGCCUUUGGACAGAUUCUUGUCGUUCUACUACGGUCACCCUGGUUUCCAUAUCAAUAACUUGUUCAUUCAGUUGUCUUUGCAAACUUUCAUGUUAGUUUUGGCUAACUUGAACUCCUUGGCCCACGAAUCUAUCUUGUGUGACUACGACAGAAACGUUCCUGUGACUGACCCGUUGUACCCUAUUGGAUGUUACAACUUGGACCCUGCUAUCGACUGGAUUAGACGUUAUACUUUGUCGAUUUUCAUUGUUUUCUGGAUUUCGUUUAUUCCUUUGGUUGUUCAAGAGUUGAUUGAAAGAGGUCUUUGGAAGGCUACUCAAAGAUUCUUCAGACAUUUCGUUUCUUUGUCUCCAAUGUUCGAAGUUUUCCUUGCCAUGAUCUACUCCAACUCCUUGUCUACUGAUUUGACUGUCGGUGGUGCCAGAUAUAUCUCGACCGGUAGAGGUUUCGCCACCUCUCGUAUUCCGUUCUCGAUUUUGUUCUCCAGAUUUGCUGAUUCUGCUAUCUACAUGGGUGCUAGAGCUAUGUUGAUUAUCUUGUUCGGUUCUGUUGCUCACUGGCAAGCGCCAUUGUUGUGGUUCUGGGCAUCUUUGUCUGCAUUGAUGUUCUCUCCAUUCGUUUUCAACCCACAUCAAUUUGCUUGGGAGGACUUCUUCAUUGACUACCGUGACUUCAUCAGAUGGUUGUCUCGUGGUAACACCAAGUGGCACAGAAACUCCUGGAUUGGUUACGUCAAGCUUACCAGAUCUAGAGUGACCGGUUUCAAGAGAAAGUUGACUGGUGACAUUUCUGAGAAAACCGCUGGUGACGCUGCCAGAGCUCACAGAUCUAAUGUUUUCAUGGCUGACUUCUUGCCAUGUGUCUUCUACGCUGCUGGUCUUUUUGUCGCCUACACAUUCAUUAACGCUCAGACUGGUGUCACCAGAUGGAGUGUUGACGGAAGAGACUCUACUGACCCAAUUCAAGUCAACUCUGUUGUCAGACUUAUCAUUUGUUCCCUUGCUCCAGUUGCCAUUGACGCUGGUUGUUUGGGUGUCUGUCUUGCUAUGGCCUGUUGUGCUGGUCCAUUGUUGGGAUUGUGCUGCAAGAAGACUGGUGCUGUUAUUGCAGGUGUUGCCCACGGUGUUGCCGUCAUUGUUCACUUGGUCUUCUUCAUUGUUAUGUGGGUCUUGGAGGGCUUCAACUUCGCUAGAAUGUUGUUGGGUAUCAUCACCAUGAUCUACAUCCAGAGAGUCCUCUUCAAGAUCUUGACCUUGCUCUUCUUGACCAGAGAGUUCAAGAACGACAAGUCCAACACUGCCUUCUGGACCGGUAAGUGGUACAACACUGGUAUGGGUUACAUGGCUGCUACUCAGCCAGCCAGAGAAUUCGUUGCUAAGAUUAUUGAGAUGUCUGAGUUCGCCGGUGACUUCAUCCUUGCUCACUUGAUCUUGUUCAUCCAGCUCCCAAUCUUGUGCGUUCCACUCAUUGACAGAUGGCACUCUACUAUGUUGUUCUGGUUGAAGCCAUCUAGACUCAUUAGACCUCCUAUCUACUCCUUGAAGCAGGCUAAGUUGAGAAAGAGAAUUGUCAGAAAGUACUGUACUUUGUACUUCGCCAUUCUCGUGCUCUUCGUCAUCAUCAUUGCUGCUCCAGCUGUCGCUGGUGGCCAAAUCGACUCCAGUCUUGGGUCUGACAUGAGCGGUACCUUCGAGGGUCUCUUCCAGCCUAGAAAGGUCUCGAACAAUGACACUGGUAAAGUCUCCUCUUGGUGGUCUACUGGUGACAACAAGAUCACUUUCUGGAGUUACACUCCAACGACGUCCAACGUCUACACUACCAAGCCUUUCUAA